CCUCCGCCGCCGCUGAGCUGACCUCCGGGCCCGGCGACCAUGCGCCGCCUCCCGCGGGCCGCGCUGCUGCCGCUGCAGCUCGCCCUGCUCGUGGCCGCCGGGGCCCCCGAGGCGCCGGUGAGCGCGGCGCGGAGCCUGGUGUGGGGGCCCGGGCUGCGGGCGGGCGUCGUCCUGCCCGCGCGCUAUUUCUACCUGCAGGCCGUGAACUCGGAGGGCCUGAACCUCACUCGCUCGCCCCCAGGUCAAACACCAUUCAAGGUAGUAAUCAAACCUCUUUCAGCUAAAGAGAGAGUCCGAGUUCAUGUCCCCAAACCUUUGGACAGGAAUGAUGGGACAUUUUUGGUCCGAUACAGGAUGUAUGAAACGGUCAAUGAAGGGCUGAAGAUAGAGGUCCUUUAUGGUGAUGAACAUGUGGCUCAGUCUCCCUAUAUUUUGAAAGGACCAGUAUACCACGAGUACUGUGAGUGUCCGGAAGAGGAUCCUCAGGCCUGGCAAAAAACCCUUUCCUGUCCAACCAAGGAACCACAGAUUGCAAAGGAUUUCUCCUCUUUUCCCAGCGUCAAUCUCGAGCAGAUGCUGAAUGAAAUUCCAAAAAGGUUUGGGGAUGAGAGGGGAGCCAUCGUCCAUUACACGAUUCUCAAUAACCGCAUCUACCGGAGACCUUUAGGGAAAUACACGGACUUCAAAAUGUUCUCAGAUGAGAUUUUGCUGUCACUGGCAAGAAAGGUCCUUCUCCCCGAUGUAGAAUUUUAUAUUAACCUUGGAGACUGGCCUCUGGAGCAUCGAAAAGUCAAUGAAACCCCUGGCCCUUUACCUAUCAUUUCAUGGUGCGGCUCCCUGGAUUCACGAGAUAUUAUCCUUCCAACAUACGACAUCACCCACUCCACACUGGAGGCCAUGAGGGGCGUCACAAACGAUCUCCUCUCUAUUCAGGGAAAUACAGGGCCUUCCUGGAUCAAUAAAACAGAGAAAGCUUUCUUCAGAGGUAGAGAUAGCCGAGAAGAGAGGCUCCAGUUGGUACAGAUGUCCAAGGAAAACCCAGAGCUCCUAGAUGCAGGAAUUACAGGAUAUUUCUUUUUCCAAGAGAAAGAAAAGGAGCUUGGAAAAGCUAAAUUGAUAGGUUUCUUUGAUUUCUUUAAGUACAAGUAUCAAGUGAAUGUUGAUGGGACCGUGGCUGCGUAUAGAUAUCCGUACCUCAUGCUGGGCGACAGUUUGGUUCUGAAGCAGGACUCAACAUAUUAUGAACAUUUCUAUAUGGCUCUUAAACCUUGGAAACAUUAUGUCCCAUUUAAAAGAAAUCUUAGUGAUUUACUAGAGAAAAUUAAGUGGGCCAAGGAGAAUGACGAAGAAGCCGAGAAGAUUGCAAAGGAAGGGCAGCGGAGCGCCAGGGACGCCCUGCAGCCACACCGGCUUUACUGCUACUAUUACAAGGUGCUCCAGGAAUAUGCUGAGCGCCAGUCCAGCAAACCCGAAAUACGUGAUGGAAUGGAACUUGUUGCUCAGCCAGAUGAUAACACGUCCGUGUGUCAGUGCCACCGGGAAGGACCUUCCAGAGAAGAGCUGUAAGUCAGCUCACAUUCACACCCCUGUGUGUGUGGCCGACGCGUAGCCUACAAGCAUUCAAAUCAUUCAGGUAGAGGCCACCCUGCGUUGAGCGCAGUUCAGGAGACUUACCUGCAUGGAUAGAGCAGUAGAAAAGGGAGUAUUACAAGUGUCUUUGAAUGUUAUUUUUUUGUGUAAAAACUACUAUUAUCGGCAUCACAGUUUAUUUUUUAAAAAGAAAACGUGAGUCAUAGUAGAUAGGCUUGCCAAAAUAUAAGUCCCUCUGUAGGAAACUAUUGGCACCAUAUUGGUUUGUUUCUGUCCCUUGUUCACUUUCCCUCCUCCUCUUCCAGUUAUGAAGAAGAAAUACUUGUGCCGGGUCCUUCCCCUCUCACUGCAUAAUUUCUUCUCCUGCAGGCUGCUGGUGGCAUUCAGUAAUGGCAAGCCUCCUCUUGGAAGGUCUGAUAAGAACAAUUAAGGAAGGAGAGGAGGGCUGUCUUAUUAAAAGUAGCUUGGAGACUAGGGAGGCAAUAUUUUUUAAAGCUCACUCCUGUCUUCUUAGCUAAGUUUUACUGAAGCCUGGGACAAAAUCAAGGAGAAAUUGUGUUGUAAGCUAGUAAUUUCCAAUCUACCUGGGUGGGACACCCAUCAAGGACAACACAGUUAUUAAAGUACCUGAGAACAUCCUAUGGGAACCAUUUAUUAUCUAUCUAUUGACUAGAGGGAAGAUAACAAUAGCCAGUUGGGGAUCUUUACCACUUGUUUUGGUCUGUAAAGGGAUACUUCAAACCAUUUGCCAGAAGCAGCAGUAGUCAGCCUGGUGUCUUGGGAAUUCACUAAUAAGCUGACAAGAAAGGCGAACAUCCUGACUGCAUCCUUCUUGAUUCAGUGGGUUUUGCACUGCGGAGAGGAAAACUUUGGAAUUUCCUUCUCCUUUUUUGGACACGGUCAAGACUUAAGACUCACCGCCCAGAACUUUAUUACACACACUUUUUGUAAAAUCAGCCAUCCAAGAGUCAUGUCACUCAUGAGCACGUUCCCAAAGCAAGAGCUAUCUACCCUCCCAAUCUAAAAUUAUUGACUCCUCUAAUUGAAAUACUUAAUUUGGAAAGCACUGUAAUGUAACCACUUUAAAGUAGUCAUAUCCUCUUUUGAAGGUCAAUAAGAGCACAGAAUUGUGUAACUAUGCAAAAGCAAAACCGUAUUUAAGAACAGUGUAAUCAAGGGCUCCUGGGUGGCUCAGUUGGUUAAGUGUCUGACUUCAGCUCAGGUCAUGAUCUCACGGUUCGUGGC